GGUCCGUCCUCCUCCUACGUAGGCGGGAGGCAGCCCCUCCGUGGUCCGUCCUCCUCCUACGUAGGCGGGAGGCAGCCCCUCCGUGGUCCGUCCUCCUCCUACGUAGGCGGGAGGCAGCCCCUCCGUGGUCCGUCCUCCUCCUACGUAGGCGGGAGGCAGCCCCUCCGUGGUCCGUCCUCCUCCUACGUAGGCGGGAGGCAGCCCCUCCGUGGUUCCUCCUCCUACGUAGGCGGGAGGCAGCCCCUCCGUGUUCCCAUCUCCGCUCGGUAA